AUGGGGUACGAUUCGUGUGCCACAUGCUGCGCAGUCUUCUCGCUGCUGGGGAUCGUACACCUCGUGCUCUUCGGCCGCAUGUUCAGCGAGAAGGCAAUUUCGUUCGCUAUUAUAGCCGUAGAGAACGGGUGGGACGGCGAAAAGAAGGCGAAGGCGUGCUACAAUGGGGCCAUCAUCUACACAGCGACGCUCUUCUUGUCCGUCCUGGCCCGCGUGUACUUCCGCCGUAAUGACGCCGCCAAGGCAGCGCUUCUUUACGCCCAGCGUGCUGAGGAGAUUCAGGGGCUCCUCGUACCACCAACCUUGUCGACAGGCUCUACUCAAUACUGA